CCCGGCGCUCUUGGCGUUCCCGGCUCGACGCGACUUCUUUUGAAAUCCUUGAUCCUUCUGGUGCGGUCAAUCGCUCGCGCACCCUUACGGCGGAGGAUCCUGUCGGGCAAAGGAUCCGAAGAGACGGCUGCACCCUGCCGAUCAUCGUGGCGCUGUUCAUACGGCUUUCGUGAAUCAAAAAGGGCGGCAUUUCGGAGGACAAAAUGAGCAGAGAUCAUCACUACUACGAGAGCUCCCGAUCUAGGAGCCGGGAUCGGAAGUACCGGCGCGAGUACCGGGAUGAGACGGAACGUUACAAUCAAACCGAUUACGGUUCGGGCUCCAGUUCCAGCUACCGGCGCAGUUCACAGCAUCACCGGACCCAGCAACACUCCUCGCACUACCAUGACCCCGCGCCCACCGCGAGCACCUCAUCGGCCUCGUACUCCUCCGGGAAGAUCGUGCUGGCCGUGUUCAAUCUCAGCAUCUACACUACCGAGGCGGAGCUGUACGAUAUUUUCUCCAAGUUUGGCCCCGUCCGCAAAACCACCGUUGUGCUCGAUGCGAAGACUGGCCGUUCCCGGGGCUUCGGUUUCGUGUACUUUGAGAGUGCAGAGGACGCCAAGAUAGCGCACGAUCAGGCAAACGGCAUCGAGAUCGGUGAUCGCCGGAUAAGGGUGGACUUUUCGGCAACCAACAAACCACACGAUCCGACACCCGGCGUCUACUAUGGGCGUGUAUCGUACCCGAAAGGCCCGUAUCACGGUGGCAGCGGACAUUCAAGUGGUCACCCAUCCUCCAUGUCUUCCCGCGGUUAUCAUCAUUGCCGAGCGUGUGAGGUCGAAGCACGCGAUCGGGAUCGCUGGGAACGAGAAACACACUCAAGAGAUCGUUACUAUUACGAUAGCUACUCAUCUAGCGAUCGGAGACGGGACCGGUCGACGUCAAGCCGUUCGCGGGGUGAUUACUAUCGCAGCGGAACCAGUAUUCGCUGACCCGUGGUUGGCGGGUAACGCGGGCCAUCUUAGCGAAGUGUACCACCACUACCACAAGCAACAGCAGCAUCAGCAUCAGCAUCAGCAGCAUCCACAUUCAGAGUCAGUCAAAGUCAUGGGCCAUGGUGUGUGAAUGGUGUUUAGAAUUUAGGGGAACAAGAAGGGAACGACAACGGGCACACAACGGCACACGAGCACAUAAGGAAUUGAGCCAAACGCAAACGAUCCUGCUUCCCUAAAUUUGAAGACGCGCUAGGCGCUCUUCGCUUGCAAUUCGAUUGUUGGCUGUUAGUUUUAAACAGGUUUUUGUUCGCGCUAGAAAACCAUCCAGUACGUGAACCGGCCCUAAGCAGGAAAAGAUGAGAAAACUUCGAAACCAAAACCACCUAUGAAACCGGCCACCAGCGCCGUGUGGCCCUUGUGUGGAUCUUGUGGAACUGGAUUCCGACCCGCACGGCACGGCACGGCAGAUCAGUCAGAUGGGCGUACGGUUUGCGUCGUGUAUUUUGAUAUUUUACUUCUUUUUAAUGUCUGUUUUAAAUCCUAUUGUAUCCUAUUGUGGCCUAUUCCCUAGUUAUCAGAGUGUUAGAGCGUCCCGUCAAAGUACCGUUUGUUGGUGUUGCCUUACCGUAAGCAGAGGUCCGCCGCCAGGCAGAAGGCCGAGUCAUAGGCCGAGGCGAUUUAAUGAGCCAGUUACGAGUGUUACGUUUCUUUGUUAAUGAUACGUUGCAGGUUAAACUAAGUAAAGAAAGAGAAUGUAAGCAAAUAGUAAGGCAGUUUUUUCCGCGCGUGUAUAGUAAUAAUUGUAAAAAGGAACCGGAAAAGGAAAGGAGGGAAAUGGUAUAAAAAAAUGUAAUGAAAAAAUUAAA